AUGUUAUCUGUUGGACAGAAUAAAGUUAAAAAAUCAUAUUAUCGUUCAAAAUCUUGGAAGAAUGAAAAACGUUGUAAACUAUUCAAUGAACAAGAUAAAAACAAUCAUGACAUUGUAGAAAUAUCAAAAAGAACAUCAAAAUCAGUUACAACUUCACCGCAUCGAUCGGGAAAUGGUCAUUUGGCUAAAAUACUCCAUCGAUCUCAUCUAUACAACAGUGAAAAUCUAAAACACAAUUCACACAAUGAUCUACAUUCCACUGAAUCGAUUUCUCCAUAUUCAACGGCCGCUUCUCCAACUCCAAUAACAUCACCUACAUACUUUUCAAAAUUUCCCUGUGACAAAAUAGAAAGUACCAAAUUCUCAUCAACAUCAACAUCAUCGUCAAUAAUUUCGUCACCAUGGUCAUCAUCAGCUAUGCCGACCAAUGGAUAUUUUUUCCCGACUAAUCCAAUGUUAUGCAACAAUGAACAUUGUAAUUUUUCCACCAAAACUAAUUUUCCAAUCAAUCAAUCUAAUGGUGUUGAUAAUUGUGAAAUUGGAGGAAGUACAUCAUUCAUUCAAAAUAUUAAAUCCAUUUUUAAUCGAUUUAUUGAUAAUCUACGUAACAAGCAUCAGGCUAAUGUGAGCAGUAAUUAUGUUAACAAUGUCACACAUAAUAGUAAUAAUAAUAAUCAUAAUAAUAAUGUUAAUCAUAACAAUACUCCUGAUAUUGUCAACAAUGAUAAAAAUCGUAAUAAACUAUCACCAUUGAAAGUCAAUAAAUUACAGCAACAAGCGUCAGCCAAACCAAAUGGUCUACAGCAAACUUUUAUCGAACAAGGCUACACGUCAAUAUCACCUUUUACUACAGAUACUAUAUGUUUUAACAUGACUAAUGGUAAUUGUACAGAUGUAAAAAGAAUGAAUGGAGUAAAGAAUUGUGUGAACAUGUCGACGGAACAUCGAAUUCCUUGUAAUCUAAUUAUCUAUGAUCAAAAUCAUGAAUUAUGCCAUAAACAAAAUGGUAUGAUUUAUAAUACAAAUGUAGCGAAUAACUCUGUACUAACAACACAAACUCAAUAUAUGAAUAUUGAUAGAGAAAAUGUCAUUAAAUCUAAAAGCAAACGUAAACGUAGACAACCAUAUAGUAGUGUAUCAUGUUUCACAUCUUAUCCCAAUUGUUGUUGUCAUUAUAUGCAUGCAUUGAACAUGAUUUGUCAUCAAUCAAUCAAUCGUCAAUUUCAUUCAAACAAUUUAAAUGGUCAACAAUAUUAUCACCAUAAUCAUCAAAAUCAUCAGAAUUCUAAUAAUAUUUUCGAUAAUUCAAAUCAAUCACAGGAUCAUAUUGUUGAUAACAAUAAACUACCUCAAAGAAGUCAUACAUUUCAUACUAAAUCAUUGUCAAACAAUAACAAUAAUUCAAUCACAUUCAAACAAACCGCAAAUUCUCAUCAACAUCACUAUGUUCAAUAUUAUUCACCUCCAUUAAUUUAUCAGCAUCAGCAUCAGCAUCCGCAUCAUCAUGCUUUGCCAAUCAAUCGAUCAAUGAUGAAUACAACAUCGCCACCGUUUACAUUGAAACAUUUAUCAACUAUACGUAGUAAAUAUGAACAAUAUGAAUAUUCCACAAAAUUCGAUGAUAAAAGUCCAAUCAAUAAUAAUCAUAAUCAUAAUAAUCAUAAUAACAGUGAAAUAACUCAUAUUGACAAUCAAUUCAACGUGGACUUAUCCUUAUCAUCUCCAUUGUCAGCUUAUCAUCGACCAAGAUUUUAUAGUAGUAAUAUUGUUUUAUUGAAGACAUCAUCAUCAUCAUCACCAUGUACAAAGAAAUGGAAAUAUAUCACAGAACAUAUACUUUUAAGUAAAUCUAUCAAUGAUGAUAGUCAAAUGAAGAAACGAUCCAAUUCUUGGUCAGCUCAUCAUCAUCAUCAUCAACAUCAACAUUAUGGUGUUCAACAACAUUGUGACAAGAAUGAAAAUUCAAACGAUAUGGAAAGUGAUGAUGAAUUUAACACACAUGGAACUGGAAGACCAUCCGAUUGUGAAUUCAAUAUUCCAUUCGCUGAUAUAAAAUUACUGAAAUGUUUACAAAAAGGUGAACGUAAAGCAAUUUAUAAUGGUCAUUGGCAUGGUGAAGUUGAUGUACAUAUUUUUGAAGAUUUAAGUCGUACAGAAAGAAAACGAUUUUGGCGAGAUAUUACACGACUUAUGAUGACUAGACAUGAAAAUAUUGCGUUGUUUAUGGGUGUAUGUGUUGAUCCACCGAAUUUUGCAAUUGUAACUAGUUCAUGUAAAGGUGUAUCAUUAUAUAAUAAACUUCAUAUAAAACGUGAAAAAUUAUCACACAUAAAUCGAGUUUAUUUAUUACGUCAAAUAGCUAAUGCAAUUACCUACUUACAUAGUCGAAAUGAUCCCAUUGUCAUACGUCGUUUAUCUAGUAAAAAUAUUUUCUUAAAACCUAAAAUGAAUUUAUAUUUAACCGAUUAUACAAUGGCCGAUUGUGAUUAUCAAUUACCAGAUCAUGUUCCAAUUCCUUUGGAUGGAAUAAAAUAUAUUGCACCAGAAUUAGUACUUACUGUAAAAAAAGAAAUUGAAAAUUUAUGCAAAAAUAAUUGUCAAUCUAAUUUAAAUAAAUUAGAAUUUAUCAAUUCCGCCAAAUAUUCAUAUGAUGAUAAAUCUCCCAAGUCAAACAAUGUAAUCAGUAAUUACAAUGCAAAGAAAUUUUCGUUAACUAUGAAAGAGCAAAUUAAUAAAACCUUUACUGACUAUCAUUCAUCAAAGUCAACAGUGUUUACGCCAAAAUGUUUCAAUCUCAUCAAAUCAUGCUGUAAUUUAACUAGAACAAAUGAUUUCAUUCAAUUACCAACAAAAUAUACAUCAAUGCCAAAUUUAUCUAUUACUGAACAGAAAAAAACAGCAAUUUGUUCAGAUGAAUUGUUUAAAAUAGAUCAAUCAAUCAAAUAUAUUUCUUCACCGCGUAAAGUUAGUUUUAUGAAAAAAACAAUUCGUCAAUUGAUUUCCAGUAAAUCAGAACAAAAGAAAUCAAUGAUUAAAUGUGUAUACAUACCUGUGACAGAAUUUACUAUAUUUUCUGAUAUAUUUGCAUAUGGGACUAUUAUAUUUGAAAUAAACGCUCGAUGUUAUCCAUAUGAAGAUUUCGACUUACGUCAAUGUAUCAAAUAUUUACUAGAUGGCCAGCGAGAUGAUGGAAGUGAAUACUGUAUACCGAGUUCUAUGAAGAUUCUUAUGUGUAAAUGUUGGUCAAAUGAACCAACUGAAAGACCAUCAAUGAAUGAAAUUACUAAACAACUAAUAGAAAAUCAUGGUUUGUAUCGACGCAAGUUCUCAGAUCCGGUACAUUAA